AUGGAUACAUUGGACUCUCUUGAUCUGGACGUUGCUGAUGUAAGAGGGCAAGGUUAUGACAAUGGUUCUAACAUGAAGGGAAAAAAUCAAGGUGUUCAGAAUCGCUUGCUUGAAGUUAAUCCCAAAGCAUUAUAUAUGCCAUGUGCGUGUCAUAGUUUGAAUCUCACUCUUUGUGAUAUGGCAAAAUCUUGCGAACAUGCCAUUUCAUUCUUCGGUAUUAUCCAGCGUAUAUAUGUACUGUUUGCACGUUCUACUAAAAGGUGGAAGAUUUUGCUUGAUAAUGUUCCAGGUCUGACUCUCAAACCUUUGUCUGAUACUCGUUGGGAGAGCCGAAUAAAGAGUGUGCAACCUAUAAGGUACCAAACUUCCCAAGUAAGAUCAGCUUUGAAGGAGUUGGAGAAGACUGCUAGGGAGGAUAAUGAUCCAGCUACAGUAAGUGAUGCUCAAUCUUUGUUCAAAGCACUUGGGCAAUUUGAGACUUUAGUUGGUAUGAUUAUUUGGCAUGACAUACUAUUUUCUAUUAAUAUGGUGAGCAAAAUGUUACAAGAAAAAAUGGUGUGCAUCGAUGCUACUCUAAAACACAUUGAUGGGGUCAAGUCAUAUUUUCAGAAGUAUAGAGAUGAAGGCUUCAAUUCUAGUAUUGAAAGUGCCAAAGCCAUUGCGUUGGAUAUGGGCAUAGAGCCCCAAUUUCGUACAAAACGUAAAAGUAAAAGGAAGAAGCAUUUUGAUGAAAUCAAUGAUGAAGAUGAAGAUCUACAACUGUCAGCUAUUGAAUCCUUCAGAGUUACAUACUUUCUUGUCAUUGUUGACACCGCAAUUGCUUCAUUGUCUAGUCGAUUUGAUCAGCUGAAGGCAUUUGAAGAUUUGUUUGGUUUCUUAUUCAACUCAAAUAAUCUGAAGUCUUUGGAUGAAAGUAGUCUACGCAAAUCAUGCACCACUUUUGCAAAAGCUUUUACUCAUAAGAAGUCGCGAGAUGUUGAUCUUGAUGAUUUUUUCUCCGAGUUAAAAGUAUUGCAACUAACCUUGCCAGAUGCUUUGAUGUCAGCACUUGAGAUUCUUCAGUUUGUUACCGCUGCAAAUUGCUAUCCAAAUGUAUCAGUUGCCUAUCGGAUCCUCUUGACUAUACCUGUGACUGUAGCCUCAGCUGAAAGAAGUUUCUCUAAACUGAAACUAUUGAAGAAUUGUUUGAGGUCAACUAUGUUACAAGACAGAUUGAAUGGCUUGGCUACAUGUUGCAUUGAGAAGGAUAUCUUGGAUAAAAUUGAUCUUGAGAUUAUAAUCAAUGAUUUUGCAUCUAGAAAUGCCCGGAGAAGCUUUUUUAUGAAGCAUUGA